AUGUUGGACAUCGAGUUCGUUGUCGGUCCUCCGCGCGACCGGGUGUACAUUGGGAUCCCCAUGUGGGUGUACAUUGGCGUUUCGCCUGAGGCAUCCUCGCAAUCCGUCCCAGCGAACACCCGGUCUGGCAGGCCUCGCUGCUGCAAUGACCAUGCCCAGUGUGAGGACACAUUCCGACUCCGUCAGAGCCGCUCGUGUUUGGGCUGGUGGGUGUACAUUGGCUCGCCGGUUCCCCGGGUGUACAUUGGCACGUACGUUUGGUGGGUGUACAUUGGCGCGCCAGUUCCCUGGGUGUACACUGGAGCCCCGUGGUCUGGGGUGCACUGGAAUUUGGAGUCCAUGGCAGGACAGAAAAUAACCGAGCGGGGGGAGAGCGAGAUAAUCAUGAAGAAGGGCCUAAACCAGGUGGCCGCGCUGGAGGCCCGCCUGCCGCUGGCGGGCGCCGCGCCGCCGCGGCGGCAGCAGGAGUGGUCGCAGCGGGAGGGCGCCACAAAGGUGGGCGCCGCCGCGGCGGCCCAGCGGCUGGAGGAGCUGGAGCAGCAGGCGCGGUCUUCGGGCGCGUCGCUGAGGGCCUUGCUGGAGCAGCGGCUCGCGGGCCUGGUCGAGGUGCAGUCGAGCCUGGCGCAGGACCGAGGUGAUGGAACUCUGGCGGGCACAAGGCAGCGCCGCUCAGGACACCAGGGCUUCCAUUGCCGCCUUGCAGCAGAUUUCGCAGGGCAAGCAGGACCCGGGGUCACCGGGCUCCCCGCCCUGCCAGAGACCCGGUGGGGCCACAGCGGCGAAACGUGCCGCUCCUUCGCGGGGUGGGGGGCGGGCCCAGUCCUGGGUCCCGAGCGCCUGCAGAAUCGGCAGGACGCGGAGAAGGCAAGGAGCCUUGCCCGGGAGCUGGGGGAGGACGAGGGCAGUUCGGCAGCGGCCAGUGCCCUGACGCAGCGCUGGGGCGCCGAGUUGUCGGUCGUCCUGCAGGCGGCGACGGCCCGCUGGGCUGUCGGCCAGGCCGGGCAGCUGCGCACGUGCCUCGGGGGCGUCUGCGCCGCAGGUGCGGCCGUUCUCCGGGAGCGCUGGGAGAGCGAUGCCGACAGAGACUUCCAGAUUGACUCGUGGCUCGUCAGCAACUUGAUUCGCGUCCGUCUCGCGGAGAAUCUUGAACCUCUCACAGUCGACCACAUGCGGGUUUCAGCGAAGUUCAAUUUCGCAUUUUCCCGGGACUUCAGCGAAGCCCACAAGUUCAACCAUUACUUCAGCAGCCACGCGUUCAAUUUCACAACCAACCAGAACGCCAAGCACAUAGAGCUCGAGGCGUUCAGUGCCGAGCUCGAGUCUUCCAACGCGGGCGUCUCCGAGGUGUUCGACUGCGGCGACUCCGCCGAGGUGCCGCAGGGUCGCGGCGCAAUGUCGCAGGACCGCUUUCACGUCCACGACAGCGGCGCGGAAUGCCUCAUCAUCAACUUGCACUUUUUGUCGCUCGUCCUGGUGGUGCGGCGGCUGCGCGACAGCAGCCUGGCGCGCGCGGCCGGCAGCGCCGCCAGCCCGGGCGCAGUGCGCGCGGCGGCGUGCGCGGGCAGCCCCGGGAAGCAGUCGGACGUGUCCGACUGGGAGGCGAGCCCGCCGCCGCGCGCGGACAGCGCCGCCCCCGUGGAGGCCUCCGGCCGUCCCGCCGUGCUCGAGGCCGAGGCCGCCGACAGCCCGCCCACCAGGCGACGCGCUGGCAAGUGCGCGUGGGGGCGCAGGCCGUCGUCCCCCGACUCCGACGCGAUGUCGUGUUUCGACUCGCCCCGCUGA